AGUAGACUGUAGACUCGUGAUUUGAAGAGUGGUUGUUGGCGUUGGCGUUUUGUUGGUUUUGUUAGUUUAUUUCAAGCACGGUGAUUUGAAGACGCUCCAAGUUGAUUACCAGCUCUGGGUGUGCGUCUCAGGGUUUAGUUAGUGAUCCGUAAAAGGCGACGAUGUUAGAACCACUGUUCUCGGUUUUGGACAAGAAGCGCAUCGUUCUAGCCAGCGCUUCUCCUCGGCGGCGAGAAAUUCUCCGCGUGCUCGGUCUGCGCUGUCAGAUCGUGGCCUCCAGCUUCAAAGAGAACUUGGACAAGAGUCGCUUUGCUCAGCCAGUGGAUUACGCUCUCGCAACGGCUAUCGGCAAAGCUCAGAGCGUGGCGAAAGCGCUCAGGGAAGAGCCGACACCCGUGGAUCUCGUCAUCGGAGCAGACACCAUAGUGGUCCAGGACGGUCAGAUCCUAGAGAAGCCCAAGGACGCCAGCGACGCUGUACGUAUGCUGACGCAGCUGAGUGGCAAGACGCACCUCGUCCAGACUGGCGUGGCGCUUGUCCACUGGUGCGGCAGCGAGCUGAAAACGCGGACGCUCCAGGAGACGACGGAAGUGUCUGUGGCGUUGCUGUCCCCAGCGGUGAUCGAAGCGUACGUGGCGACGGGCGAACCCUUCGACAAGGCGGGCGCCUACGGAAUCCAGGGCAAGGGCGGAAGCCUCGUGGAGCGCAUCAACGGAGACUACUUCAAUGUUGUGGGGUUCCCAAUGCAUCGCUUCUGCAGAGAACUGACGAAGUGGUGUGCAGAGUCCUGCCAGUAGCUCCAGUAGGACCGUUCACAGACUUGCGUUUUUCGAGGACUCUUGUGGUCUUUUACGGCAAGUGAACAUACUGACAUGCUUGCGCCAUCUACGAUGCGACCCUGGAACUGCAUCUCACUAGAACGAAGGUUUUGCUGUAUUUGCGAGUCCCCCCCCCCCCCCCCUUUUUUCCCUUCACCCAAAAAUAAAACAACAUAUUUGCGAGAUACAAUGUGCGCACCAUCCAUGAGAAAUGGUCGUAUAUGACACUGUCAAAAGAUUUUCUAGCACGUAA